UACAUCUAAUUGAAAGCGCGAAAGUCUCACAUAAUUUUAUAGUGCAACAUAUAAGAUUUCAACAGUCAGCGCCAUAAUCUGCGAGAAAACGUUUGGAAACCCCUACACUUUACUAACUUGAGUCCUCCGGCUUAUGGCAACUUGGUCCUGAGGCGCGGAGGAGAGCGAGAUAGCCUCUGAAAAUCCGCAGGAAUUAACGAGAUGUGAAAUUAGCAUAACACUGCUUAAAAUCCUGAGUCCAACGGCCAUCCGUUACCAUUCUCACAGUUUAUGCCGCCGGUGAAACGGGGUUUCGGCCAGGGGAGGUCCUGAGUUUUCGGGGCGGAACGAAAAUUUUUGACAGUGCGUGCGUCAUCGGUUUCGAGAUUUGAAAUUUUCGCUGUGCUUUCCCGUCAAGAACAGCUGACUUUAAGUUUUUAUAAAGUUCGUAAAAUUUGGAGAUCAACUGUCCAACAUUCAAGAUGUGUUUCCCGGACCACAAUUGUAACACGCUGAAGCGCGCACCCACCUCCAAACCCCCCUUCACUUUGGCCGGUUUGAAGCGUGCCAUCCCUCCACACUGUUUCGAGCGAUCCCUGGCUCGCUCCUUCUCCUUCUUGCUUGCUGAUGUGAGCGCAUUCUUCUUCUUCUCCUUUGCAACAGCAACGCUCGUCUCGAUCCUGCCAUGGCAAGCGGCCUACCUGGCGUGGCCAUUACACUGGUUCGUAGCCGGCACUAUCAUGGCCGGCUACUGGGUGAUCGCCCAUGAGUGUGGUCAUCACGGCUUCAGCAACUACAGGAUCGUCGAUGACGCAGUAGGGUUCCUCAUCCAUUCCUCGCUGCUUGUGCCUUACUUCUCAUGGAAAGUCACCCAUGCGCGACACCAUUCCAACACGGGUUCUGCUGAGCAUGAUGAGGUAUUUUGUCCGAAACCUAAAUCCGCUGUGGGAACAUUUGAUAGCUUAACAGAUAAUCCACCUGGCCGUAUUCUGAAGGUUGUGCUAUCCAUGGCUGUCGGGUGGCCCCUCUAUCUGGUCAUUAAUGUGACUGGCCGAGACGAUUAUGAAAGGCUAGCCUCGCACUUUGAUCCGUUCAGCCCCAUGUUUAGAGACUCUCAUCGACUUAAAGUUAUAAUCUCCGACUUAGGUGUGCUAGCGAUGACCGCCAUCUUGUACACUCUGGGCGCGACUCACGGGUUUUCAUGGCUCUUGUGCUACUACCUCCUUCCUUUUGCCGUAUUUAACGGGUGGCUCGUGACGAUGGCGUUCCUGAACCACACUCAUCCGUCGCUCCCUCGCUACGCCUCUUCGGAAUGGGACUGGCUCCGUGGCGCCCUCUCCACGGUGGAUCGCGACUACUGGGUCUUCAACCAUGUGCUCCACCAUAUCACCGAUACUCAUGUCAUCCAUCACUUGUUGCCUACCGUGCCCCACUACCACGCUGUCGAGGCAUCCGAGGCUAUCAAACCGCUAUUAGGUGACUAUUUCCAGCAUGACGCCACGCCAAUCCUGAAAGCAUUCUAUCGCGAGACCAAAGAGUGCAUAUUCAUCGAACCUCAAGGCAACGAAGGAGUUCACUGGUUCAGCGACCGAUUCCACAGGGACUCUUUCACCUUAGAACUCAAAACAUUCCUCUUGAAAACUACUGCAGACCUCAGCAGCCGUGCCUUCUACAUCGAUACAGGAAAAAGUCUCUCUGGGAAACUCAAAGUCGUCGGCGCUUUGCUGUGGGACAUUCUAACCACUGCCUUAAGCUUUGAAUUCUACCUCCUUGUCAUACCCGGCUUAGUACUCAGUCUUACUGUCGAUAUUGUAGAAGUAGUUAGUCCACUCUUAGAAAAGGUUUUAGAAAUUGUUGGAUAUUAUAUCGCACCCCUGGGAAGUCUUCGAUUUUACCGUGAAACACUGCCAGUGGCUGUCACUGCCCCGUUUACUAUUAGGUUUUACCGUGAAACGGUAAAAAAUGUAUUUAUUAAGAUUAAAAAUAUCCUUCCAUCAGUUCUAGAUUACUUUAUAAUGUCAGUCAACCAGUUUUCAAGCAUUGUGAUGGCUUUUCUAAAAGUCUACUUGUUUUUGGGUGAGAUUGUUAAGGACCUUGUUCUGAACAUGUUGCAAAUAGAAAUUUCAAUUAACGCCAGUUUUUCUCACGAUACUAUCAAGAAAAAUUUAGGAAUUCCGGUUAGGGAGGAGACACUUCAGAGUUUUUCCAUGCGAGGAAUAAGGUGUGGGUCUUUCUCAAGAGCAACUCAUAGCCAGAAUAGAAAAGACUACCACGCGCAUUGAAAGAAACAGUUUUAACGACUUCAAUACAAGUCAUAAGUAAAACUUAAAAAAAAAAAAAAACGCGUAUAUAAAACUGUGAUAAACUUUUCGGUUCAUGUCUUUCUCAUUUCGGAAGAAAUACAACGCAAACAGCCUAUAAAUUUGCAUAGAAUCUACCCCGUAAAUCAUAAAAACCGCAAGCAAUGAAGCGAAUUAGAGGGUUAAAACUGGAAGUUUACCAAACGAAAAAUGAGCAUUACUUUUGCAUGUAUGAUAUUUAUGCACAUACCUACUUGAGCUGUAAUCUAUCUACUUAGGUAAAAUUCAACCUGUAUGCUACCGGAAGAUUUCAAAUGUUUUCGUACGGAAGAAAAUAUUUUGAAAAUUUGGAAAGUAGCAGACUUAUGAAUAUAGGAAGAAACGUAAUUGAUUUUAACUUAUUUUCUCUUAUUUAUCUUUAAGAGAUUUUUGAAAUUUGAACUCUAAUGUACAAAAAAUGAGUGUU